GACGCUGCUCGGUUUCUAUCUUGGGGAGGGCGGCGGCGGCGGCGGCGGCGGCGGCGGCCGGGGCUCCGGCAGAGGGGGUGCUGAGGCGGGAGCUGUGGCGGCGCUGGGCGCCGCUCGCCCCUCGGCCUCUGGGGGCCAUGGGCUCCGAGAAGGACUCCGAGUCGCCGCGCUCUACAUCCCUACACGCGGCUGCGCCGGACCCCAAGUGCCGCAGCGGCGGCCGGCGCCGGCGCCUCACCUUCCACAGCGUCUUCUCUGCCUCGGCCCGUGGCCGCCGUGCGCGGGCCAAGCCACAGGCCGAGCCACCGCCCCCGGCCGCUUCGCCGCCGCCGCCCGCCCCAGUCCCGGCCGCGGCCCAGCCCCCCUUGCCCGAGGCGCUGCCCGCCGAGCCGGCCGCUGAGGCCGAGGAAGAGGCCGAGGAGGCGGCAGCGGCGGGGCCGGGGUUCGAAGAUGAGGAGGCGGCGGAGGGCGGCAUCCCGGGCCCGGAGGAGGUGGAGUGUCCGCUGUGCCUGGUGCGGCUGCCGCCCGAGCGGGCCCCGCGCCUGCUCAGCUGUCCGCACCGUUCGUGCAGGGACUGCCUCCGCCACUACCUGCGCCUGGAGAUCAGCGAGAGCCGGGUACCCAUCAGCUGCCCCGAGUGCAGCGAGCGACUCAACCCGCACGACAUCCGCCUGCUGCUCGCGGACCCACCUCUCAUGCACAAGUACGAGGAGUUCAUGCUGCGCCGCUACCUGGCUUCGGACCCGGACUGCCGCUGGUGCCCGGCCCCGGACUGCGGUUAUGCUGUUAUUGCCUAUGGCUGUGCAAGCUGCCCAAAGCUGACCUGUGAGAGGGAAGGCUGCCAGACUGAGUUCUGCUACCACUGCAAGCAAAUAUGGCAUCCAAAUCAGACAUGCGAUAUGGCCCGUCAGCAGAGGGCACAGACUUUGCGAGUACGGACCAAGCACACUUCAGGUCUCAGUUACGGCCAAGAAUCUGGACCAGCAGAUGACAUCAAGCCAUGUCCACGAUGCAGUGCUUACAUUAUCAAGAUGAAUGAUGGGAGCUGUAAUCAUAUGACCUGUGCAGUAUGUGGCUGUGAGUUCUGUUGGCUUUGUAUGAAAGAGAUCUCAGACUUGCAUUACCUCAGCCCCUCUGGCUGCACAUUCUGGGGCAAGAAGCCAUGGAGCCGUAAGAAGAAAAUUCUUUGGCAGCUGGGCACGUUGAUUGGCGCUCCAGUGGGGAUUUCCCUCAUUGCUGGCAUUGCCAUUCCUGCCAUGGUCAUUGGCAUUCCUGUUUAUGUUGGCAGGAAGAUUCAUAGCAGGUAUGAAGGAAGGAAAACCUCCAAACAUAAGAGGAAUUUGGCUAUCACAGGAGGAGUGACUCUGUCGGUCAUUGCAUCCCCAGUUAUUGCUGCAGUUAGUGUUGGUAUUGGUGUCCCCAUUAUGCUGGCUUACGUCUAUGGGGUUGUGCCCAUUUCUCUCUGUCGUGGAGGCGGCUGUGGAGUUAGCACAGCCAACGGAAAGGGAGUGAAAAUUGAGUUUGAUGAAGAUGAUGGCCCAAUCACAGUGGCAGAUGCCUGGCGAGCCCUCAAGAAUCCCAGCAUUGGAGAAAGUAGCAUUGAAGGUCUGACUAGUGUCUUAAGCACCAGUGGAAGCCCGACAGAUGGACUCAGUGUUAUGCAGGGUCCAUACAGCGAAACAGCCAGCUUUGCAGCCCUCUCUGGAGGCACACUGAGUGGUGGCAUUCUUUCCAGUGGCAAGGGAAAAUACAGCAGGUUAGAAGUCCAAGCCGAUGUCCAAAAGGAAAUUUUCCCCAAAGACACAGCCAGUCUUGGUGCAAUUAGUGACAACGCAAGUACUCGUGCUAUGGCCGGUUCCAUAAUCAGUUCCUACAACCCACAGGACAGAGAAUGCAACAAUAUGGAAAUCCAAGUGGACAUUGAAGCCAAACCAAGCCACUAUCAGCUGGUGAGUGGAAGCAGCACAGAGGACUCGCUCCAUGUUCAUGCUCAGAUGGCGGAGAAUGAAGAAGAAGGUGGUGGCAGCAGUGGCAGCAAUGAAGAGGAUCCCCCCUGCAAACACCAAAGCUGUGAACAGAAAGACUGCCUGGCCAGCAAACCUUGGGACAUCAGCCUGGCCCAGCCCGAGAGCAUCCGCAGUGACCUAGAGAGCUCAGAUACACAGUCAGAUGACGUGCCAGACAUCACUUCAGAUGAGUGUGGCUCCCCUCACUCCCAUACUGCAGCCUGCCCCUCGACUCCCAGAGCCCAAGGUGCGCCGAGCCCAAGUGCCCAUAUGAACCUCUCUGCCCCAGCUGAGGGGAAGACUGUCUUGAAUCCAGAAGGUGCAGAAGCCAGAGUAUGAAGGGGAAUGAAUGCUCCUGUUCUGAGAAGCACACUUGUUGUAACUGCAUCUUUUGGAAUCUUUUUUUUGUGGGGGUGGGAGUAGAGAUUUCUGUAUUUUGCUUCAAAAAUUCUCUGGUCACAGGUUUCCCCAGGGAAACUGAGAAAUUUGCAAUUUCUUACAGAUAAAACAUGGGAAAUUUUGCCCUUAGUCCCACACCCCAUCCUCCUCCCCCCUUUUUUAAGUUUUAAUUUAUUGGUUAAACUGAUGGUGGCAAUCGGUGAGGUGUGUCAAAGAGUGUACAGAUGUAUGUGUGUAUAUUGUAUGUAUGCUAACAUUACCGAAGGACACAUUUUAAUAAAGAUUUCUGUUGUAAUUCAA